AUUCGAUAUAUAAAAGAACUGGAUCGAAACCCAUCCGUUUUAUUACGAUUAGCUGUUGAAAGUGGUGGGUGUCAUGGAUUUCAAUACAAGAUGAAUUUUACAGAUCUGAUUGAAUCUGAUGAUUAUAUAGGAAACGAAUCAUUAGGUUUAGUAGCCAUCGAUUCAGGUUCACUAGAAUUGAUGAAUGGAUCUACACUUGAUUUUGCUACUGAACUGAUCGGUAGUAGUUUUCGAAUUCAAGAUAAUCCAAAUGCUGCUGGACCUGGAUGUGGAUGUGGAGUUAGUUGGGAAUUGAAGUGA